CCACAGAGGAUGCGCCACGUGGACAACAUUCACCGACUUCCUUGCGCAUUGUCCCUAACUCCGUUCUGCUCCCAACACUGCGCGACACAACAUCACAUCUCUUCCUUUCAUCCCAUUCAUUCUCCUUCGUACUAUUUAGAAGGCUUGCUCAGCUGUUCUUGAUGCUGUGAACCCUAAAACUGAGAUUAGUUCAGAUUCUCCUUCUUGUUCGUCCCAUUUCGUGAUUCGGAGCUCCGAUUGAAGUAAUAUCAGUACUCAAGAUGAGUACUCGUUCUGUUAGGGAGCGUUCUCUCAGAAGUUACCGACGAAGGAAGGCUGGUUUGGAUUUGGAUCUUAAUAGAGCUCCGCCUGGUGAGAACCGGGAGCAAGAGGGACCUUCGAUUCCACCAGAACCUCAGUUAGUUCAAGCCGUCCAGCAGCCACAAGUUGUACAGCCUAUUGAUGUGGAGGCCAUCGAUGAUGAUGUAAUUGAAUGUACAGCAAGUGCUUUUGCUGAAGCUAAAAACAAUUCAAGAAGGAACCGUGGGAGGACUGUAGUUGAUGUGGAUUUAGAUUACCGGAGUUGGAUAAAUGAAAAUGCUACCAACAAUUGCAGAAGAGAUUCUUCAAACCAAACAAUUCCUAAUUCUGAUGUAUGUAUAAACUUGGAAGGCAGUGGCAGCUCUGAGUGGGAGAAACCUAAACCUCCAAUGGAGCCUGUCUUUAGCUGUCCAAUAUGUAUGGGCCCAUUUGUAGAGGAAGUGUCAACAAGGUGUGGUCAUAUAUUCUGUAAGAGUUGCAUCAAGGCUGCUAUAAAUGCUCAGGGUAAAUGCCCUACGUGUAGGAAAAAGGUUACUGCAAAAGAGCUCAUCAGGGUGUUUCUACCAUCAACUAGUUGAAGCAAGACUGGAUUUUAGGAGGAGAAUCAGGAGUGGAGGAAACCAAACGAAACUUUGGAGGAAGUUGCUGUGCAGUCUUUUUUAUGAUAUUAGACUCUUAGUGGCAGUUGCGUUGGGAUCUAUUUUAUUUUCUGUUCUGCCUUUUGAGUAGUAUAAUUAACUCACGGGAAUCUUGUAGGUUGAUAUUUAAUUUUGGCUCAGUUUUUCUUGAGCAUUAGUUCUGUCUCAUGUAGUCGUGCCCCCAGAGGAUUUAUGUAUAUGAUGUUAAAAGACCUCAUGAUUUAUAUCAUCUACUUGAUAAGUGGCACUGUUUGCCAAUAUGUAUGCUGCAGAUUUAGUACACUCUGCUCAUUCUUGAUAUGAAGUCUCGAGAAGAUUAAGCUUUUUUGGU